UCUCUCUCUCUCUCUCUCUCUCUCUCUCUACCUCUCUGCAUUCCAUAGGGUUUUAAUAAGGGGUUUUUCAAGUUUUACAGCAAGUGGGUUUUAGGUUUUUUUUUUUUUUUUGGUUUCCCUUCAAAUAUCUUACUUAGUGGGUUUUUCUUUUAACAUAUGUAUAAAGCUGUUAUUCUUGUCCUUCAUUAUCAAGGAUGGUUUUGGUAAAAGAAUAACGGUGACAGUGUUUUUGAUCACACUGGAACUCGGGUAAAGUUGGUAGCUUUUCUUGGUCCUUUGUAGAAAAACUUAGCAGAGAGAGCAUAUAUAAUGAUGAUGAUGAUCUCUUCUGGUUGGGUGGUCAUCUUUUAGGCUAGAAUUUCAGAGAGUUUCUGAAGGUAUAGAGUUUCCUUAGAAGAAGUACUUGGUGUAUAUGAGUAAUUGAUAAAAGUUUGUUUCCAAAGGGUGUUUAAAUCACUUAGCUUUUCUUCAACUUUUUCAGUCAAAUUUAGUUGCUUUAUAGUGCUCCUUCCAAUAUAGAUUAGGAAAUUUUCUAUUUUUAUUUUUUUCUUCUUAUAUAUAACUUGGUAAAGUUUGUAGCAUAUAUUCAUAUACUAUACAUUCUUCCACUAAAUCUUAUUCAUAUCCCAUUCUAAUGGCUCCCUCUGGAAGAAUAAGAACAAGAAGUAGUAGUACAGCAAGAAAGACGACGACAACAAGAAGAAGAAGGAAAACCACCCAGCUGAAGAAUAUCAAGCAGAUUGUAGGACCCACCAAGAAUCAAGAAGCAUUUACUCAAAAUUCAUCUUCUAAUGAGUUUUUGAAGAUUGAAAACAACAAGAUUGAUAAGUUUGAAGGUGUUAUUAAUGUUGAUAAUGAUGAUGAUGAUGAUGGUGUCUCUACUAGUGAAUGUUCAACGCCGAAAGCUCAGAGAUUUCGGAUACCGGAGAUCGUGACGUGUCCACCGGCACCGAAGAAGCAAAGAGUAGUUUCAGAUUUUUCAACGUUGCAAAGGUCUCCAAUCGCUUUCUAUGCCCCACCGGAUUUAGAGCUCUUCUUCUCCUUCGCACUUCGCGGUAUUUCAGUUUGAAUUACAACACAAAACCAGCGUAUUGCAUAGAAGUUAAUUAAAAGAUCAUUUACCAUAUUAGUAAUUAAAAAGAGAUGAUCUCUUAAUCAAUAUUAACUAGUUUGUACUUGGUGGUUUUUUUGAGCGAGUGAUCUUAAAAAAAAAAAAAAAAAAAAAAAAAAAGGAAAAAAGAGAAGCAUAUUUUGUUUUGCUUUAUUUAUUUUGUUUAUUUAUUUUCCAAUUUGAUGUUGGGUUUUUCAAUUUGUAGGGUAUACUAAUGAGUAAAUUUAGCUGGGUUUGUCCAAUUAGGUUUAGCCUUAAUGCCUUGGUUUUCAAUUAAUGUAUUCGGCUGACCAUGUGGGUUUGGUGAGUUUGUAUUGAAUUUUUAUUUUUAUUUUUAUUUUUAUUUUUUUU